AUGCGUUCCCGCAGCUUUGACUCGAAUUGCCAUUUGCGGAUCCGUUUGUUUGUCGACUUGCACUCAAAAACACUGGUCAUGGCGAUGCGCCAGGUCCUCAUGGUGCUGUGGGCUCUGGCGAUGUGCCUUUACCAGGUGGAGUCCACACGCAGCUCAAUCACCCUUCACUCGCCCAACAGCCAUGCUGAUGCCGAGAAUGACAAGGAGGACAAGCCGGACUCUCAUGCCAGCCUCCUGGAGGAAGAGAAGGUGGGAUGCUUCCGACAUCAGGAUUGCCCGAUGUGCUAUCUUUGCUCCCAAGGGCACUGCUACAAGAACACGGUUUCGGACUUCUGCUAG